AUGGACGGAAGCAGAGUGUCGGACUUCAGCAUCGAGCGCAUCCUGUCCCCGCAGCUCGGACACAGGCCGCCGGUGAGGGAGGUUUCACCGGACGGGUAUCUCCACGUCUUCCCCGGAGGGUUCAGCCUGGACUCCAUCAACCUCAGAGCUCCAGUCCCGGCCCGGGCCCCGGUGCAGAUGCCGGACUGCCUGCAGUACCGAGGGAUGAGCUUCGGGGAGGCGUUUUACCCGUACGGACCCGGGUUCCAUCACACAGACUGCAGCAUGAACUCUGGAGUUUAUGUUCACUUCAGCAGCCAGGACUCAGCAGACUUUAUACUUUCUUCCCCAGAUGCUCAGCCGUUGGCGGGUUACCAUGGUUACCACCAGGCCGGAGUGUCCGCGCAGUCGCGUCAGAAGUCCCGGAUGCGCACGGUGUUCACCGACAGUCAGACGAAGCAGCUCGAGGCGCUGUUCGAGCUCACCGACUACCCGGCGGUGGAGGCACGCGCUCAGUUGGCGAGGAGCUCCGGGCUGAGCGAGGAGACCGUCAGGGUUUGGUUCAAGAACCGCAGAGCGAGGAGGAAGCGGCAGUGCAGCGGGUCAAAGGUCAAAUCCGCCUCCCCUCCCCGCAGCGCCGGAGCAGAGAAGCUCUUCACCUCCUUCCUCUGAACCCGACGGACUGUCCUCCGUUCUGCUCACGAGGUCAAACUCAUCCUGCACAGGAACUCUCACCUUCAGAGGUCAAAGGUCGGCCGACUGCGUCCUGCUCAA